ACUGUCCAGUAGUCUCUACGAACAUGUCCUUUCCUCCUCCACAUGUGGAUGGAUUGGUAGCUGUAUAAAUUACAUGUGUGUACACUGAUCCCCCUCCAGUCCUCAGGAGACCUGCGCUGUCUGCUGCCACGCUGUGACCGCACAAAGCGCCUUUAACGCUCGUUGUGUCACAUUCACGGCCGCCUCUGUUGUGAUUACACUAGAGGUGAUUGGCUGAAGCCGCGUCACGUGGUCGUCCUUCGACUGGAGUUUCCACGACAGCUGAGUAGCAGCUAAAUGCGUGUUUUCACCUGUAACACUGCCGCUUUUCAACUCCGCUGAGUCGAAGUUUCUCAACAUGGGAGACAAGAAGAGUCCCACGAGGCCGAAGCGGCAGUCGAAGCCCUCCUCCGAUGACGGUUACUGGGACUGUAGCGUCUGCACGUUCAAGAACAGCGCUGAGGCGUUCAAGUGCCUGAUGUGUGAUGUCAGGAAGGGGACGUCAACUCGAAAACCACGGCCUGUUUCUCAGCUCGUUGCACAGCAAGUAAAUCAGCAGUUUGCACCAUCCACACACCCCAAAAAGGACAAGAAAGAAAAGUCAGAGAAAGACAAAAGUGACAAGGAUCCAUCGCUGAAAAAGAAAAGCCAUAAAAAGUUGAGGCCCAGGUUAAAAAACGUCGACAGGAGCAGCGCCCAGCAUCUAGAGGUCACAGUCGGAGACUUGACUGUAAUAAUCACAGACUUUAAGGAGAAAGCCAAACCCAUGUCCACGUCAACAAGCGCUGCCUCAGCAGACCAGCACAGUCAGAGCGGCUCAAGUUCUGAAAACACUGAAUGAGUCGUGUCAAGAUGCUCCUGGCCUCAGGGGGAAAGGCUCAUUGGUUAACGGAAAGACUCACUAACCUUCACACUUCCAGUCUGCACAACCUGUUUUUCUGCACUCUCAACAGCCUUGACCAGUGAUUAAACUUCAUCAUGCACAUUUCUUUUAAUAAUACUAUAAAUGCCAAUAUGAUAGCAUUCACUUCUACUCUGGGUUUGUACCUUUCACUGCCUUCCCAUGAUGGUAAAGUAUUCAGGAGUCAGAGCGUCUGCUGUAUGCUCAACUCAAAGGACCGCUUCAGCAGGAUCUAUCAUGAUGAACUGAAAAAGAGGAACUGUAGCAUUAAAUCCCGGAUGUCAGUGGAACCGUGCCGCUUGUGUCACACACGCGAGCGUGUCAUCAGCAUCACACUGCACAGGCCACUGCUGCACACAAUAAAUGAUAAACGACAAAAGAAUAUAUGAAGAAGUCAUCUCAGAAUUGUAGUUUAUCCUUGAAUUUUGUUAUCGUUAUUUGCACUUAAUGGCAUCCUACGUUCACGAUGACAUUUUUUUAGCAUUAUUUCCAUUAUCAGUAAAUCAUAACACUGUUGGUUACAGAUCUUUUUUAUGCCAUUAGAUGCUGUUAAUUGUUUUACUGUCUAAUAUUUGAGUAAAAUUAUUAAAUAAUUAUUCUAACUAUGCUUCUCCUUCACUUGGUAGAGUUGAGCAUGAUUUAAACAAUAGAAUGGUUUAUAUUGUAAAAUAAUGUUAAAUAAAAUAAGUAGAUACUUUGA